AUGAUCAUUCAUUCUUACCCUUCAUCCCGCCGUUUAACAAAGAUGAAAGUGUUGGUCGUUGGUGGAAAUGGAUUUCUCGGUUCAGCAAUCGUGAAACAAGCACUUUCACGAAAAUGGAAUGUGGUCAGUAUAAGUAGAAGAGGUGAUGCUUUCAAAACGCCUGCAGGUCAUCAUCCCGGUUGGACUUCAUCAAAAUUGGUCGAAUGGCGUUCGGCUGAUGCUUUAAAACCACAAUCGUAUGAAACAAUUUUAAAAGAAUGCGAUGCUGCAAUAAGUACAACGGGUAUCUUGUUAGAAUCUUCUUAUAAACAAACCGCUUCCGAUGCAAAUGGCGGUGGGGCUCUUGGAAUAUUGCAAGGGUUGGCAAAGGGUUGGGGACUGAUGGCCGGUCAGAGCGAUUCGGCUUCUUCAAGUCCUGGACCGAGCUACGAUACUGUGAAUAGGGAUACCGCAAUCGCUGUUGGUCGUACAUUUAGUGCAACAAGAUCAGCUACUUCGAAAGCUGAUGACAAUCCUUUCAUCUACGUCUCAGCCGAGGAUAUCUUCAGACCAAUCAUUUCGCAACGCUACAUCGAAAGUAAAAGGGAAGCAGAAGAUGCUUUGACACAAAUUGCUCUACAAGACAAUAAAAUGAGGCCUGUAUUCUUGCGACCUGGACUUAUGUAUCAUCCUCAAUCAAGACCUUUAUCGACAUUACCGGCAGCAGCCUUGGAUCUAAGCAGUUGGCUGCAUCACAAACAUAUUCAGAGUGGAAUACCUUUGCCGACUUUGGCUGCUUUGUUGAACGCAUUCCCGGCCGCAGACCUGAGCGCUCUGUCAAGAUUGGUCACUCUACAGCCAUUGCAUGUCGAUACUGUUGCAAAAGCAGCAUGUGAAGCAGUCUUGAAUCCAACAGUACGUGGUGCGGUAGGAACACAAGGAUUGCAAGAUCUAGCAGGUUUCCGCAGCAAA